AUGAGUAAUCUAUAUUCUCAUAGAGAAGAACAAAAUAAUCAAAAAUUUGAACAAUUAGCACAAACAUUAAAUCAAUUUAAAAAUACAAUAAAUAAUGAUAUAAAUGAUUCAAUAAAUCAAGAAUCUGGUUUAAUUAAUCAAUUAAAUGAAAAUUUUUCAAAUUUAAUGUCAUCUGUUUCUAGAACUUCUGGAAAUUUAAGAACUGUAAUGAAUAGAAAUCAAAGUUUGACUAGAAUUGUUGGAAUUAUAUUGGGUGGAUUUUUUAUAGUUUGGAUGUUAUUUAAAUUGAUAUGA